AUGCUAUUUGGUGUGCGGUUGGCGAGCGAAGUUUAUCCGCCAUGGAAGCAGUCCUAUAUUGACUAUGAUGGGUUGAAGGAGCUUUUGAAGGAGGACGGGAAGAGCUGGAGUGAGUCAGAUGAGUCCCGUUUCACUGAGGCGUUGGAUAAGGAACUUGAGAAAGUUUACUCGUUCCAGAUGAAGACAUACCAUGAGAUCAUGGAUCGUCUCAAUGCUUUGGAGAAGAGUACCAACACUGAGGAAGGGUUGCAAAAUCUGGACACAGAGCAGUUUCAGAGGACUUUGGAAGAGAGUUUAAGUGAAGCCAAUGAGCUGGAUAAUUUCUCCAGAUUGAAUUAUACUGGAUUCAUGAAGAUCGUUAAGAAACACGACAAAUUACACCCCAAGUAUCCUUCAGUGAGAUCAUUGCUUGAAGUCAGGUUAAAGGAACUUCCAUUCCACUCUGAAGAGUAUUCACCUAUUCUUUACCGCAUUUCUUUCUUGUACAACAUCCUGAGAUCUAAUUUCAAUACUGUGUCUACGUCUCUUGCUAGUGUACCAAAAUUAUCCAGUGUGAAUGAGAAUGACGAAUUAGAUGUUUCUUUCAAGAGUUUCAAAUUUUGGAUCCACAAAGAUAAUUUGAUGGAGGUCAAGACCAGAAUUUUAAGGCACUUACCUGUGUUAGUCUAUGCUUCAGCGCCUACGGAAAAUGAUGAUCUUAUUGAUAGAUUCGAGUCUGAGGUAAUGAACGCAGAUGAGCAUGUCCAAUCUUCUGAUUCAGCAAGUGACAACAGCUUCGACGGUAUUCAUCACCAGCACAAAUCAUAUGAUCCUGUCAUCACUACUAUAUAUUUUGACAAUGAGUUUUUCGAGUUGUACAAUAAUAAACUACUUAAGAGAAAUUGUUGUCCUACGUUGAGACUGAGGUGGACUGGUAAGUUCUCUGAAAAACCUGACAUCUUUUUGGAGAAGAGAAUGUUUAUCGAGAAUAAGGAUACUGGAAAUUCAGAUUUCGAAGAAAUCAGAUUGCAAAUGAAGCCGAAAUUCAUUAACGGUUUUAUAUUUGAUGAUGACAAAUCCUACAAGAAAAAUGUGUUAAGAAAAUUAACCGAGAGCGGCACACCAGAAUCAGAACUAAAAAAAAUUGAAAAUAACUUCAAUGAGAUACAAAAUUUUAUACAGGAGGAAAAACUAGAACCUGUCAUUAGAACUACAUAUACCAGAACGGCUUUCCAAAUUCCAGGUGAUGAUAGAAUUAGAAUCACAAUCGAUUCUAACGUUACUUAUAUUAGAGAAGAUGCAUUCGAUAAAGAUAGGCCCAUUAGAGAACCAAAAAACUGGCAUAGAACUGAUAUUGAUAGCAAUGUAGCAAAUCCUAUGAGAUUCUUACGUCCUGGCGAAUACAGUAACUUCCCAUAUUCAGUGAUGGAAAUCAAAAUCAAAAAUCCAUCGGCUAAUUUGUCAUCUGAAUCUAAUAUAGACUUUUCAGGAGUUCAAUUGCCCAAAAAGCACGGGGGCUGGAUUCAGGAACUAACUAACUCGCAUUUGGUAAAGGAAGUCCCUAAAUUUUCAUUAUAUAUUCAGGGUGUUGCUGCACUGUUUGCCGAAGAAGAAAAACUUGAUAUUUUACCAUUCUGGUUACCAGAGUUGAACACUGAUAUUCGUAAAGAUCCAAAACAGGCAUAUGAAGAUGAACAGAAGAAAAUUAAUAAACAGAAGGACAUACAUUCUAAGAUUGAGAGUAUGAGGAGGCUGUCUAGAGUUCCGAAACCAAGCUCAGAUAUUACUAGUUCAACAGUUACCGAGGUUUCAACAAAUCGUGCAGCAGACUUAGAGGAUCAUGAAUCAUCUGAUGAAGAAGAUAGUCUGUCUACAAGAGAAAGAAUAACUGGUCAAAAAAAGAAGUCUAAAACAAAAUUGACAUUUUUACAAAUUCUAGGUGCUGGCAGGGACUCCAAACUGAUUGGUGUUGAUUCAGAGGAUGAAGAAAUUGAACUUCCCGAAGGUGUCAAAAAACCGACUAGCUACAUAAAAAAUGCGGGACCUGUCAAAGUCGAAGCCAAAGUGUGGCUUGCUAAUGAGCGUACCUUCUUGAGGUGGUUAAGUGUUACUGUCUUGUUAAGUGUCCUGACUUUCUCAGUUUCAAACUCAGUAAGAAGGGCUGAAUUUCCGAAUCUUGCGAAGCGUUUGGCAGACUUGUACUUUGCAGCUACUGUUUUUACUGCUCUCUGGGCUUAUUACUCAUAUAAGAAACGGUUGAGAAUUAUAAGUGAGAGGAGUGGUGAAUACUUAGAUGCUCCAUUUGGUCCACAAUUGGUGGCAUUUUUCUUAUUCUUUACACUAAUUAUUAAUUUUGUUAGUGUCUUCCGCGAGACUGGGAGGAAACAGGCCACUGCAGAAGUUGAUUUAGAGAGCCUACAUCCUCAUCUAGAGUCGAUAUUUAAUUUUGUCUAUAAAAUUGUCAAGGAGUAG